AUGUCCCGGCCGCCCUCCUUCACCCUCCGCGUCGCUGAGGACACCGAGAGCGAUGGCCAGGAGCCGAGCCCGGACAACGAAGGAGCCCUGCACACCUCCUUCCACCAGCUCAUCCAGGAGCAGAGCAGCUUGGUAGAGGCAGCUCUGGAGCUGGAGAUGCAGGCGAGGGGCAGAGACAAGCAGAGUCUGCUGGUGAAGGAGCUGCUGAGCCUUUCGCCCAGCCAGCGCAGCCACAUGCUGCUCACCAUGCCCCUCAGCCUGGCAGAGAAAUGCACCCUCCGGCAGGAGCUGAGGGGGCAGAGGGGCCCCCUGCGGCAGCGUGCCCAGCACCAGGCCCCCUCCUCUCCCUGCGGAUGGUCCAAGGAUUAUGUCAUCCUUGGCUGCCGGGGUCUCUGGUACAGGAUCCUCUCCCUGCUCCUCGCCGCGCAGCCCUGGCACUACUCCCUGAAGCAGAUCGGCAGCCGCUUUGGCUCCAGUGUCCUCUCCUACUUCAUCUUCCUGAAGACACUCCUUAUGUUCAACAUCAUCUCACUCCUCAUCCUCCUGGUCUUCGUGGUGGCCCUGCAGGCUGCGUAUCCCCCUACCUCGGCCAGCCCCCAGCCCUUCACUGGCCUCGAGCUCCUCACCGGAGCNNNCUUCUUCACUCACUCGCUGCUGUUCUAUGGCUACUUCAUCAACACCACUCUCAACGACCCCUGUGCCUCCAGCCCCAACGACAGCGUGUGCCCCCUCGCAGCCCCCCCGCUCCCGUACAACAUGCCGCUGGCCUACGUGUUCAGCGUUGGGGUCUCCUUCCUCGUCACCUGUGUCCUGCUGGUGUACAGCAUAUCCCGCUCCUUCGGUGAGAGCUACCGUGUGGGCAGCUCCACGGGGGACAUGGCUGUCAAAGUCUUCUGUGCCUGGGACUUCAAGGUGAUCCAGAGGCGCUCGGUGAAGCUGCAGUGUGAGAACAUCUGUACCCAGCUGAAGGACCUCUGCCAGCGCCUGGGGCACACCGCUGUGCUGCUCCUGGCCUGGGCCGUCUCGCUGAGCACGGUGCUGGGCUGCGUGCUGGCCGUGCACUACUUCUCAGAGCACAUGCAUGCGGUCCAGCGGGACCACCAAGCGCGGGGCAGUGGCGAGCGGCAGCAGGAAGCCAUCCUGCUGGUCCUGCCCCUGGUGGUGUCCCUCCUCAACGCGCUGAUGCCCCACCUGUACAAUGUGCUGGCGAUGUGGGAGAAGCAGGACUCCCCCGUGGCAGUGGUCAAUGUGGCGAUCUGCCGGAACCUCAUUCUGAAGAUGGUGGUCCUCGGCCUGCUCUGCUACCAGUGGCUCAGCCAAAGAGUUCUUUGCUUGUCUCGCCAGUGCUGGGAGACAUGUGUGGGGCAGGACCUGUAUCGCUUCGUGGUGAUGGACUUCAUAUUCUCACUGCUGGACACACUCUUUGGGGAACUGGUCUGGAGGCUGAUCUCAGAGAAGAGGCUGAAGAGGAAGCAGAGGCCAGAGUUUGACAUCGCCCGGAACGUGCUGGAGCUGAUCUACGGGCAGACCCUGACCUGGCUGGGUGUUCUCUUCGCACCACUCCUGCCGGCGGUGCAGACGCUGAAGCUGGUGCUGCUGUUCUACAUCAAAAAGACCAGCCUGAUGCAGAACUGCCAGUCCCCCAGCAAGCCCUGGCAAGCAUCACGCAUGAGCACCAUCUUCAUCACCCUGCUGUGCUUCCCGUCCUUCCUGGGUGCAGCCAUCUUCCUCUCCUACACCAUCUGGUCGGUGCGGCCGUCAGAAACCUGUGGUCCCUUCCAGGGGCUGGAAACCAUCUACAAUUCAGGGAAGACCUGGGUGCAAGUGCUGGAGAAGUCCAACCCGAACAUCACCUGGUUUGCCUGGGUCCACCAGCACCUGGUGGAGAACACCUCCCUCCUGUUCUUCAUGUCUGGGGUCCUGCUAGCCGUGGUCUACUUCAACAUCCAGGUGGUGAGAGGACAGCGGAGGAUCAUCCGCCUGCUGAAGGAGCAGAUCGCCAACGAAGGGGAAGAUAAAAUAUUUCUCAUUCAGAAGCUUCACUCCGUUUACGAGCAGAGAGAGAGACGUGCCUGA